GCUAAGGCGGUACGUACGUAGCUAGGAUGAUCAAUCAUGAUCAUCAAAAUGAAGCUUAGUUAUCUAUUAUCUUGCAUGAAGUGAUAGAGAGUGGAUUUGAGCCAAGGAUGACUUGCCGCAGAUGCAUGGUCCUUGCUGAUCACAUACCAAGGGGGGUUUUGGGUGGCAAGCAUCCUUGGUUCUCCUUCGCUCUGUAUUUCCUCAUGCGAGAUUGUUUUCCAGUUGCUUCAAAGGUUGCCAUGGUUUUCAAGAAGCAACAAGAGGGGCUAGAUGUUCUGAUCUAUUUACUGAAGGAUCAGCUCAAGGCCAAGCUCAUGAAGUGUCAUGUUUUCAAGGGUUGGCGUGAAGGAUUAAUUGAAUCUGCACCCACUUACAAGUACUAUCAGAACUCACAGGUUUGUAUGACUGUGAUCAGAAGAUGAAGGGUGAAAAGAAGCAUGCUCCUGCUUGGUGUGAUCGAAUAAUUUGUUUUCGAGAGGGACUGAAGCAGCAAGAAUUCAGCAGAGGUGAAUCGAGAUUGUCAGACCAUAGACCUAUUCGCACAAUCUUCGUAGCAGAAUCCGAUGUCUCAAGUGAUUCCAGGAGUUUGGGAAGCUCCUUUACAGGCAGUUUUUAUUUCUUACAAGAUCUUUUCAAGAGUGCUUUAAUAUAUCAUGUAAUGUCAGAACAAGCUCCUAUUCUGAAUAAUUCUACCAGUUUCUUUCAAAAAAAACAUUGUUAUACUUGAGAUCAUAGCAGUUACAGUAGUGGUUACAGAGUGAUUUCAAUGACAUGAACUCCAAUGAUCAUUUUAUUCAA